UAGCUUGAGACAUGGAUGAUAUUUUUAGUUGAUUUCGAAUUUUUUUGUCAACGAGAAUUGGAUAAUUGCUCAUUCUCUUAGCUCUAGGCAUCGACGAGUAGCUACGCCAUUAAGAUAAAGUACGUCUUCUUCAAGCACCUACUUCUAUUCCGCCGUAUACUUGAAAUUCCAGAGCGUAGACUAUCCCGGUCAACCAACUAAGCGAUGUCAACUAAAUCGUAACUAUUCGAACUAGCGAAAGUCGAGAGGAGGGGCGGAGUCAUGAUUCCGACGCAUAUCAAUGUGAAUGAGCUGAGUUGGAGAUGUGGAGACAACAUAUUGCCCCAUUCCGAUCGAUAUCUUACGAAGCAUCAUACGCUACAUGAAAUAAACUACCCUCAGCGGCCUUUCAUAUUGCGCGGCAUUAUUAGUAGCUUUACCUUUGUUGGUCUCGCUGCCAUGAUCUAAAAAUUGUGACAGUUCAAGCAAUACAGAAUGGACGCCAAAGCUUUAGAAAUAGGAGUUGAUGGGAAGCAAAAACCGGACUCGAAAGAAGGCAUGGGUGAUCCCCAGGCACUUUUUAUAGAUGGCUCAUAUUGUUCCAGCUUGGAUGGCGCAACAUUUUCUGUUACGAAUCCUAUGACAGGGAAGCACUUAUAUGAAUGCGCAUCAGCGAGUACGGAUGAUUAUGCCCGGGCAAUUCAAUGCGCUUCAAUUGCAUUUAACUCAUGGUCAAGAUCAAGUCCUUCCAGUCGUCGUCUUAUAUUCUUGAAAGCUGCAGACAUCCUAGAAGCUUACCUUGACGGAGACGCACCAGCAAUUCUAUCUGCAGAAGUCUCAGCAACGACGAGCUGGGUUAGGGUGAACAUUCUAGCCACUGUGGGCAUACUCCGUGAAACAGCAGGCUUAGUAACACAUAUCAAAGGUGAAAUUGUGCCAGCCGACCGACCAGGAACAACAAUUCUAAUCGAAAGGGAGCCCCUGGGUGUGGUAUUCGCGAUCAGUCCUUGGAAUGCACCUGUCAACCUCACUGCGCGUGCCGUCGCUACUCCACUCAUAUGUGGCAACACUGUUAUACUCAAACCAUCGGAAUUCUCGCCAAAAAGUCAACAUCUUCUUGUACGUGCCCUUCACGCUGCAGGGCUCCCACCAGGCUGUUUGAACUUUUUACCAGUAUCACCGAGCCAGACCCCAGUCGUCACUGAAUAUGCUGUGAAGCACCCUAGUAUCCGUCAUGUAAACUUCACCGGAAGUGACCGAGUCGGUAGGAUCAUUGCAGGGUGGGCUGCAACUUGCCUGAAGCGAUGUGUCCUUGAACUGGGAGGGAAAGCUCCUGUAAUUGUUCUCGAAGAUGCAAAUCUCGAGGAUGCUGUGGAAGCCGUUAUAUUCGGAGCCCUAGCUAAUGCAGGUCAAAUAUGCAUGUCCACCGAGCGGGUACUCCUUCAUAGCUCUAUAGCAAAAUCGUUCAAGAAUAUUCUCCUUCGACGAAUUGAGGGUAUCAAGGUUGGAAAUCAUGAAGAAGACUCGACGGUAUCGAUGUCCGGCCUAUUUUGCCCCGCCUCAGCCGAUCGCGUGCAGACUUUACUGAACGAAGCCAUCAAAUCGGGUGCUAAAUUGCUAUACGGUGAUACAUCAGUAUCGGGGCCAAAUAGUACAAUAAUGGGACCUCAUAUCAUAGAUGGUAUAACGCCUGACAUGGAAAUAUUUCACAAGGAGAGCUUUGGACCACUCAUUUGCCUAUGUUCAUUCGAAACCGAUGAGGAGGCAAUAGGACUUGCUAACGGUACCGACUUCAGCCUGUGCGCUGCCGUUUUUUCGCAGGAUAUAAUGAGGGCACUUGAGGUGGCACGGCGAGUAAAGGCAGGAAGCUGUCAUAUCAAUGGUCCUACAGUCUAUAUCGAGGCGACUCUACCUAAUGGUGGUGUCGGGGGUAGUUCUGGAUAUGGCCGCUUCGGUGGGAUCGCAGGAGUGUACGAAUUUACAGAGCCUAAAAUAAUUAGUCUCGGUAAAUCAGGGAUGAAAUAUUCUUUCUAAGCAAGAAUUACAUAGAAAACAUUAUGAUAAUUCGACGCAUGUCAAUAUCCAAGCUUCAAUAAAGCUCUAAUAAUUUUUAUUGAAGUGGACUUAGAAGGUUGAAG